AUGACCACAAACCCCCCUCCCACAACAACCGCCUGCGUGAUCGCGACCGCCAUCGUGGCCGGAGUCACAGGCUACUUCAUCGGCCAAGGAGCGUCGCUCGGGCUAUUCUCCUCUUCGUCGUCGUCAUCUGAGCAGAAACACGCUGCCCCGAAGAUCACACCGCAUGAUGGAGACGCGUCUGAUGAAGAGGAAGAAGAAUACGAUGAAAGCGAAAGUGAAAGCGAAUCCGAUGCGGAUGGAGGCGAAUUGGCCAGUUUCAAGGAUAAUUCUGAGGAGGUGAAAUUGGUUCUUGUUGUUAGGACUGACUUGGGAAUGACAAAAGGCAAAAUAGCCGCCCAAUGCUCCCAUGCUACACUUGCAUGCUACAAAUACUUCCUCUCGCACGCGCCGGAUUCGCCCAUUCUCCGUCGCUGGGAAAGAGGUGGUCAGGCCAAGAUCGCGCUCCAGAUCAAAUCGGAGGAGGAUCUACUUUUACUUCAGGCGCAGGCGAUGAGUCUUGGUCUUUGCGCCAGGGUUAUUCAGGAUGCAGGACGGACACAAAUUGCCAGUGGGAGUCGGACUGUGUUGGGGGUUCUGGGCCCGCGGAGCGUCGUUGAUAGUGUUACGGGACAUUUGAAGCUUCUUUGA